AACAGCUGUAUCUGAUGGUGCAUACUUUCCCAAUGCCAUAAGUCCUCGAACAAGGCUCUGUCCAAAAUAAGGAGAAGGCACGCAAGGAGGAGAAGACAGCAACGAUACUGGCUGUUGAGAAGACUUUUUUGCAUUAUUAGAAAGAGGCAGGAAGGGUUGAAGACGAAGCAUUGCAGCAGUCAAUGAGUUAUACACAGGAAACAGCUUCAAACUGAACCUGGAGUCUCUCAUCAUGGCCAAAGAAAACUCCAAUCCACUUGCUAUCUCUGUCCCAAUCCCCAUCCUUAACGGGGAAAAUUACCAUAUAUGGAGCAUUAAGGUGAAGACAUAUCUUUUAUCCCAAGAUUUAUGGGAAAUUGUUGAUGAUGGAUUCUACGAGCCAGGCGACACUGUAUCUCAGUCUGAGCAACAGCAGGAGCAGUUGAAAGAAAGUAAGCAGAAGGAUAAAGCAGCGCUUUUCAUCCUUCAACAAGCCGUGGAUGAUGACAUUUUCGCCAAAAUUUCCCUAGCUCAGACGGCAAACAAAGCAUGGUGCGCUCUGAAAGAAGAGUUUCAAAGCAUUAAUCCACAGAUUACCAACUUAGCAGAAGGGAGAGGGCCUGGAAUCUCCAGUCCACUUGCUAUCCCUGUUCCAAUCCCCAUCUUUGAAGGGGAAAAUUAUGAUAUUUGGAGCAUUAAGAUGAAGACAUAUUUUUUGUCCCAAGAGUUAUGGGACAUUGUUAAUGAUGGAAUUUACGACCCUACCUACACUGUAUCUCAGUCUAAGCAACAACAAAAGCAGUUGAAAGAAAGUAGGCAGAAGGAUAAAACAGCACUUUUCAUCCUUCAACAAGCCGUGGAUGAUAACAUUUUCACCAAAAUUUCCCUAGCUCAGACGGCACAGGAAGCAUGGUCCGAAUUGAAAAAAGAGUUCCAAAGCGUUAAUCCACAGACCACCAACAUAGCAGAAGGGAGAGGGCCAGAGGAUCACAAGAACUACCUGCCACUAUAUAAAGCUAUACUCAAAGGUGAUCUGAAAUCUGUAGGAGAAGUUUGUGAAGAUGAUAAGAAUGCGUUAGAAGCGAGGAUCACGGUAAACUUGGACACAGCUCUUCAUGUUGCUGUUGGGACAGGGCAGGCCAAUCAUAUCGUUGAGUACCUUUUGAACAAGAUGUCAAUGGAUCAAGUGUCACUGAAAAAUAAAGAGGGCAACACUGUUCUUUCCAUUGCUGCAAUUGUUGGAAACGUCCCAGCAGCCACCAUGAUACAUAAUAAAGAUGAAAACGCCAUGAGAUCGGGGAGAGAUGUAGAUAAAUGUCUACUUUAUAUUUCAAAUGAUUCCAGAAGGAUACCUUUGAUUGAGGCCACUCUACAUGGCCAAAAGAAGAUGAUCCAAUUUUUAUUGGGUAUCAGCAACAAUUAUUUGGAUUAUGCUUCUGCACCAAGUUUUCACCGUACAUCUGAUGUUCUUUUUGUUAAAAUGCUUAUAAGUUCUGGAUUUUAUGACUUGGCUUUAUACUUGGUUAAAAAACGUCCAGCUUUAGCUACAACAACGUUUUAUGGUGGUGAGUCUCUUUUGAGUGAAAUAACCAAAAAGGCAUCCGCAUUUUCAUGUGGAGAAACAAGAAAGCUACAGUUCUGGAAAUUCCUCGUCCCUUCUAAGGUUCCGAUUGGUGCGAAGGAAAGAGAAGAGAAUUUGAUGCCUGACAAAGCUCUUGAACUUGUGAAGCACUUGUGCAAGGAAAUUACAAAGGAUUUAGACCGUGCUCCCUUCUUAUUGAAACUUCCUCUUCUUAGAGCAGCAGAAUUGGGGAUUUACCAAGUCGUGGAAGAGAUUAUAAAGUUAUAUCCUGAUGCAAUCUGGUUUACAAAUAGAAAGAAUCAUAAUAUAGUCCAUUUGGCAAUCAUUAACCGUCAAGAAAAGGUAUUCGAACUCAUAUUUCAAAUGAGUGGUCGCAAAAAUUGGUUAUUGAUGUCCCAUGAUGUUGAAAAGAACAACAUCCUGCACUUAGCUGGAAAAUUGGCACCUAGAUUUAAACUUAAUACUAUUUCUAGUGCUGCUCUACAGAUGCAACGCGAGAUAAAAUGGUUUAAGGAAGUGGAGAACAAUUUGCCGCCCGACUACCAAGAGGAAACAAAUUCUAAAGGACAAACUCCAGCAACAGUAUUCACUGAGGAACAUAAGGAACUAGUUCAAGAAGGUGAGAAAUGGAUGAAAGAUGCAGCAACUUCAUGUUCAGUAGCAGCAGCAUUCAUUGCUACAAUAGUAUUUGCAGCAGUAAUCACAAUCCCUGGUGAUUACGCUGAAAAUGGCCGCCCAAAACUAUAUGGACAGAAAGCCUUCAAGAUCUUCGUUAUUUCAAAUGCAUUAUCUUUGUCCUCAUCAAUUUCCGUCAUCAUAUUGUUCUUGUCCUUUUUCACUGCACGCUAUCGUGAACAAGAUUUUCUUUACGUCCUGCCCAAUAGGUUAAUGUGGUGUCUUUAUAUGCUGUUGCUCUCUCUGAUGUCGUUGAUAACAGCAUUUUGCGCCUGUGCUUAUCUGGUGUACUAUGAGAGAAAGACAUACGAGGUAACUGCUUUAGUGUUUGCAUCGGCUUUACUGCCUCUCUCAUUGUUGGUACGUACGCAAUAUCCCAAAAUAUUAGACCUGUUCAUUUCCAUAUUUGCUCCGGUGUUUUUCAAAAAGCGAAGGACCGGUAUCCUCUAUUAGAUAAUGAGGUAAGUCAGAAAGAAAAAAAAAAAAAAUGAAAUAACUCUCUUGUAAAGUGGCUAGACAAUAAAUUCUUAUAAGAGAGGAAAAAACUUUUUCUAGUUUUUAAUGCUGAUCAUUUUGAUAUUGUUGUACUUCUUAGUGUAAUCUUUUUCAAGUUGUGAUAUGAAAAUUAGGAGAUAAAUUGCA